AUGACUGGCAACUCGACCCAAAAAUCAGCCGAGAAGCUGUUUCUCGCCGCUGCCGAGAAAGGGGACAAGAAAAUGCUAGUGGACGCGCUUGAACGUUUUCCGGAAUUGGACAUUAAUUGCGAAGAUUGUGAAGGACGUUCGGCGCUGGUGAUUUCAAUCAUGGCCGGCAAUACUGAUUCCAAACUUGAUAACUCCUCAGCACCAAGCUCGAAAGUUGCGUCAGGUGGAAAUGUUGUAGCUGUCCUACUAGAGCGUGGGAUCGACGUUGCCGAUUCACUGUUGCAAGCAGUUGACAUACAGAUCAUUGGUUCAGUGUCAAUAAUAUUGGACCAUUUGAAAGGCAAGCACUUACUGAGGGAAUGUCUCAACUGUCACUCGUUGAAUGGAGACUUGCAUCCAGAUAUUACGCCGAUCAUCUUAGCAGCCCACCAUAACAAUUAUGAUAUCAUUAAACUUCUCCUCGAUAACGGGGCAAAUAUCGAUGAUCCAGAAUUCUACACAUUUAAGACCGAACAGUUCACGCUGCAACACUCUCUUGGUUUGAUAAAUGUAUACAAAGCAUUGGCCAGUCAGGCCUACAUAGCGCUAACCAGUGCAGAUCCUAUCGACACUGCGUUUGAAUUGGGUCAAAAGUUACACCAGCUCAGUAAACGCGACUACGAGUUCAGAAACCAAUACCAAGAAUUAGCUGAUCAAUGCGAACAGUUUGCCUCGGAUCUACUCGGGAAAGUUCGGGAUUCCGAUGAGCAGGCGAUUGUUUUGAAUCACGAUCCAGAAGAGUGGUUGUUAGAUGGGUCAGAAAAUAAAUGCGACGAACCUUAUAAGGUGAAAAGAGCUAUUAAGUGUGAACAAAAGAAGUUUGUUGCGCAUCCUCACUGCCAGCAGCAUCUAAUAGAGGGAUGGUACAGAGGACUUCCUAAUUGGCGGCAACAGGGCAAAGUGAAAACAUUGUUCGUCAUAAUUGUCAUCUUUUUUUGCUUACCAGUAUUAUGUUUAUCGUACGUGAUAUCGCCAGAAAACAGGGCAUCCAAAUUACUACGUAUACCGUAUCUGCGAUUCGUGUGUCAUACGUCUUCCUCGGUCUGGUUUCUGGUGUUGCUAGGGUUACAGGCUGUGGAUUGGGAGGGAAUAGACGAUAACGUACACGGGACACCGGAUCAUGAUAAAUGGGCUUUCGUUGUGAAACAACAGCAGAGAGUUUCGACGCCUUCAUUCACCGAAAUUCUCAUAAUCUUCUGGAUUUUAGGGUUGACAUGGCAAGAAUGUCGUACGUUAUGGAAAAAAGGUGCUAAGUCGUUCAUGGAGAACUUUCAGUGGAAAGUGUUUGACUUCAUUACCUUAUCUUUAUACUGGGGAUGGAUAGCCCUGCGUGUCACAGUCACAAUUCAGGAAAUGAAUCGUGGAGCCGGCGGCUUAUCGAGCAUUGAUAAUAAUCUGGAUGGGUUUUACCACAAAAAUUUAAACUUCUCAUUUUUUGAACAGUACAGCGAAGGGUACUUUCAAGUACCGAUGUCGGAUUACGAUUCGUCAAGCUCACAGACAGAAGAAAUCGACUCCGUCAUUUCAUUGGACAGUUACAACGACUCAUUUACGGACAUGGAUGAUGAAGACGAAUUUGAAGGCAGCGCCACCAACGAUUUGAUCGAACUACGAAUACAAAUGGAACACAUGAACCACCAGCUUGGAAAAGUACUAACCGAGCAAAAGAAGUUAGAAUCAAACUUGACAGGAAUCCUAACCGAAAUGACAGAAAAAAUGGAAAAUAUCAACGAGAUGAUGGAAUCGUAUAGAGUGAUCUCUUCACAAAGAUCGACGGGUUACCCGUCCACCCAGUCCAGCCAGACAACUCGUUUCCGAGGAAUGAGCUCUGGUAUGUAUGGCUCACAAUCAAUGAACAACCUUGAGCCGUCAGCCAGAAAACGAUGGGAUGCUUUCGAUCCUGUUCUUAUAUCAGAAGGUCUGUUUGCAAUGGCAAAGGUCCUCACUUUCUUACGAGUAAUCCGUAUAACCGUCGUCAGCAUGCAUGUUGGCCCUAUGCAAAUAUCCCUAGGGAGGAUGAUGAUGGAUAUAGUAAAGUUUCUAAUGAUAUUUUCGUUGGUAUGGUUCGCUUUCUCUCUCGGUCUUAAUCAGCUUUAUUGGUACUAUUCGUUCGAGAUGAAACUAGACUGCAAAGUUCGCAACGAGACCCAAUGUUCUCAACCAUUUGGCACAAUACCAGAUGCAUUAAAUACACUUUUCUGGGCGUUGUUCGGAGUAUCUGAAUUGGUAAGUCUAGACAUAAAAGGUGCGGAUCACUGGUUCACUGAAAGUGUUGGCAGGAUACUGUUCGCUGCGUAUCACGUCAUCGGUAUGGUUGUACUUCUCAAUGUACUCAUCGCUAUGAUGAGUAAUACAUAUACGAAAGUGGAGGAAGACGCCGAUAUCCAAUGGAAGUAUGCUAGAUCACGUCUUUGGGUCAGUUUCUUUGGCGAAGGCCAAACAGUGCCCCCGCCUUUCAACGUGUUGCCAUCGCUGAAAUGUAUAAUUGAUCUCUUCAAGCGAAUACGACUAAGAAUGGCCGGGAAGAAAAUAAUUGACUUGAAAACUCGUAAACAAUCAAUGUUGGAUAUUAAGAGCAAGGAAUAUCAGGAGGUGGUUCAGCGCCUUGUUCGUAGGUACAUGUUCGACAGACGUCGGGUAGGCGACGAGGACGAGGCUUUCGACCCGGUGCUCAUGCAGGUCAAACAGGACAUAACAGGUUUUAAAUAUGACAUGUUUGAAACUUUAAGCAAUAUGGACGACAAAAUGCAAAUAAUGCAAACUAGAAUGAACGACCUUGAAACCAUAGUGACGUCUGUCAGAGACCAGUCCACGCCUGGUGCUGGACGUGGGUCCUCACCACCACCGACACCACGAACUCCAUCCCCGAUGCCACCUGACGAGUCGACAGAAGAAACAAUGAGUACAGUAGACGUGACUGAAGGACCGUGGGAAGAAAUGCCUAGUGCGCUACUACCGCUGUACGAGUGGGGUCAUAUAAGUUAUAUCGAUGAAGUGAGCUCCUUAGGCAGUCGUGGAAGCCGUACUUCAUUUCUGUAA